AUGCCAGGAGAUAAUCAACAACAAAGUGCCUACAAAUAUCGAAAUACCCGUUAUGGAAUUCAUCAUGAUGAGGCUGGGGCUAAUGUUAAAUCAUCUUCACCUAAACAAUGUGAAGAUCUUUUAGCUGAAAAUCUACCAAGAAUUGAUACAGCUCGUUUAGCAAAUGAUCCAUUUUUAGGUACAGUAGCUGGUCGAUUAGCUCAAGAAAUACAUGAUGAAUUUCUUGUUUGUAAAAUAUGCUUCGAUAGUUAUACAAAUCCAAAAUGUCUUGCGUGUUUGCAUACAUUCUGUGCAAAAUGUAUUGAAAAGCAUAUAUCAGCUGAAGUUACUUAUAAUAAGUAUACAGAUUAUCGCGAUUUCACUUGCCCAUUAUGUCGAAAACGUACACAACUUCCAUUAGGUGGUGUUAAACGAUUACCAGAUAAUUUUCUAAUUUCUGGUCUAACUGAUUUAGUACUACGACAAAGAGCAUCAUCGAAUGGUUCAUCAACAGCUACAAUUAUUGGUAGCCCGACUACUUGUAGAAUUAACAAUAGAAUAGAAAAUAGUAGACAAGUAUCAACCACUGUUAACGAAAGUAUUGAUUCAUUACAUCAGUUACCAAAUUUGGAAAGGAAGCAAUUACGUUAUGGAGAAUGUGAAAUUUGUUCACAAGUAAGUCGAAUUGAUAGAGGACAUUCAAGUGAACCAUUGAAUAAAACAAAUUCAUCAGAAAUCAAUAGCCUAACUAAUACUAAUGACAAUUAUAACGGUAGUGGUCAACAACGCGCUAGUUCAGCUUGUUUAAAUAUUUCACCAAAAGCAACAUCGAAAUGUUUAGAUUGUAAUAAACUUCUAUGUGAUGAAUGUGUUCAACGACAUAGAAAUACUAAAGUUACUAAAGAUCAUGCGACAUUUGAGUUACAGUCACAUUGUGAUAUUGAAUGUAAAGAUCAUCCAGGUGAAACUGUACGAUUUUAUUGUGAAGCUUGUUCAAUGUGUAUAUGUGUUCUAUGCACAUUUAAUGCACAUCGUGAACAUGAAGUAACAAGUUUUGGUGAAGCUGUUGCAAAAUUACGACAUGAAAUAAGUAGAAAUUUAGAUGCUACAUGUCAACGUAUUGGAAAAGUUCAAUCUCAGUUACAUAACGUCCGAGAUGCUGCUAAUAUUAUACAUAGAAUUGAACAAAGAAUUCAUGAUACUGCAGAACAUUUUAUGGAAGAAAUUCAACGACAAGAACAAGAAUUGAUUAGUGAAUUGCAUCAAUUUGUUGGUGAACGUAAUAUGCAUCAUAUACAAAAUCAACCAGAUCAAGAACAAAAUAUUGAAAUUGCUGAAAGUCUAUUUAAAGAUAUUGCCAAUUCAUUAGAUAAUCAAGAUAUGGAAUUAUUGUUAAUUCGAUCAAAUCUAUAUGAAAAAAUUACUGAAUUAAAUCAUUUAGAAUUAAUUACAGAUAAAUUUGAUGCGAUUAAAUUGGAAAUAUAUUUCCGAACUGGAGCUGUAAAUCUAGGCUAUUUAACAAAUGAAUCAGCAAUGAAUAAUAUACAUCAUCACGCUGACGAUGAUGAUGAAGAUGAUGAUGAAAAUUAUGAAGAUUUAUCUAUGCCUCUAGAAUGUAGUUCACCUUCGACCGGUUCUAAUACAUCGUCAUCCAUAGAAUUGGCUAACAGACCAUGCAUAAAUUCAACAGCUUGUCAAACAGAUAUAAGCUUAACAGAUCCAAACGAUCAAUGUAAUUUAACUGUUCAACAGAUUCAACUACCAAAUAAGCAGUGCCGUACACGAUCAUGCAAUACAGAGUUAAUAUCGAUGAUAAAUCAAGAAACAAAUACACGUCCACGUGGUAUUCAUACAAUAAUCACAUUUUCAGAUAUUUCUUCAAAUGCAGCGUCGGAAGAAUUUUUAGCUAAACUUGAUAAAGAAACAAUAAAUUUUGAUGAGAUGGAUAAUCUAACUAGAGCGAGGAUACGUCGUAAACUUCAUGAACGUUUUAAUACAGUUGAUCAGAUAUCAAAUGGUGGUAAUAGUAACGGUAUUUUGUGUAAUACGCCACAUACAUCACUGCAUAUUGGAUCAAAUGGAACAUCGCCAGCCUCAAUAACUCAGCCAACAAAUGUCAAUAACAAUACUACAUUUAAUCAUAACGAUGUUCAUUCAAGACGUUAUAGCUCUUAUGACAAACGUUUUCAUUUCUAAAUACGAUUUCUCUUAUUUGAAAUAUGCAUCCACGUUUCGG